CGCCAACACUUGCACAACACUCCACUCAUUCACACAUAGCAUACCAUUACUCCAAUUGUGUCCCAUUUCUCUACAUUCGUAUCGUUUCCCUGUUUUCUCCAAUGAUUGGCUUCCAGUGCUCAGCGACUAUAAGCCAGCCCUGUAUCGGCAGAACGUUGUUCCCGUCAGCGCCGACACACCAGCCCACCAAUGGCUUCCACAGUCGCCCCGCCAUCCCCUCCUCCAACUUAGUCGACUACUUUCCCGUCAACGGCGAUGGACUGCGGCUCAGUUGGGCCCACGCGGCCAACUCGCGCGCCAAACUCACACACGCUCUCAGAGGAGAGGAACUGAUGAUUGAGGCGGAUGUGAGUCUCGCGGAGACCACUCGAUACCCGGUGCCCAUUAUGGCUCACCCGCCCCUCAAUGUCAGUGACAUGACUUUGGAGGACUGGUUGGUAGAUGUGGUUCGCUCUAACUCUGGCAAAGGUAUCAAAUUGGACUUCAAGUCGACUCGAGUGGUUGAGCCGGCUUUCCGAGUGUUGGCCAGACAUGUCGAUUAUAUUAAGGGACCCCUCGUGUUGAAUGCAGACAUAUUACCAGGUCCCAAUAAGCCGACCGCCAGUCCCGUGGAUAUCUGGACUUUUCUGAUUCUCUGCAAAACCCGAUUCCCAAAAGCAAUCAUUUCGAUCGGUUGGACAACACUUGUGGAUGAGAUGUCCAUAAAGACUGGUUAUACGCGGGAUAUGGUGGACCACAUGGCCUCUCUGGUCAAGGAAUACAAUUUGUCGCAACCGUUGACUUUCGCGGUCAACGCAUCGCUUCUCAAGUACUCCAUUUGCGAACUCCAGAGACUCCUCUUUCAGGUGCCGAACAGCACUCUGACUGUAUGGGCCCAUCCGCACGAGUUUGAGUCCAACCUCACUCUUCACGAUUUGAUUCUAAUUCGCAAAUCAUUUUCUAUGGGUUCCGUCUUCUAUGACAUGCCAUCAGAUGUAUUGAAUCAGUUCAGAGUCGAGGUCUACAACAACUGAUCACUGGUUUCGAGCCGUUCACACAUUCACUAAUAGAUAUGAAGCCAUCGUUUAAAGCGAGUUAAUGUGUGUCCUCUCGGGUUGGCGAACGACUCAUUUGUUAUAAUUCACUACAAUUACAAUACAAUACAAUACACUAAUACAAUACAAGCAGUCUGUGUGCGAAAUCAUGCAAUUGACCCAUUGAUUGCAUUUGAUAUUGUUUACGAUUUACGGUUGUGUUCAAUACGAUUAUACGAUAUAUUAUAGUAUAUUAAUACCAAAUACCAGACCAGAGGGGAGGGGAAGAGGGAGAGAAGUGAAGCCCAAUAAUAACAGUGAGAUUAGGUGUAAUAAAGUUUCAAUUGUGAUAUUAAGUAAAGAGUUAUUAAAGGUAUUCGCUAUUUGUAUGAAUGGUGUGUGAGAUGUAGUCUAUAUUCACUUAAAUGAAGGCAAAAUGCAAAUAUAUUUUGAUGAACACGUAUUGAUCACGCGAAAUGAUUCAAUAACUACUAGUCUUAUAAUAAUAAUUAUUAUUCAUAUAAUUUUGCACCAAUUUUUAGUCAUUAGUGAUCUAUCGCUGUUAGAUAUGACCCACAAAUAGCGCAACAAUUUGUCUAUUUUAAUGUUUUUUAAUGUUUUUAAAUGUUUAAUAAUUAAUAUAAUUUUAUUAAACUAUUAUUGCUUUUCUAUGUAUUGACCAGAAUUGAUCCAAAACUGAAUUCCCGGUGAGAAUGACUUGAAAUACUUUUGCAACAGUUGUGUGCCUUUCGCUAACUAUAUAUAACUAUGUUUGAGGUGUCGGGCCUUUGAUUUACUCCCAAAACCUUUGUAUACAUAUAUACCAGGAAUUAAAUUUACUUCUAUUUGUCAUGAUUUCUAACCAUUUUUCUAAUUUUUCACUACAGUCUGCAUAUUGUAAAGACAUUGAAAGCACUUGUAUUUGG